GGGAUAAACGAUAAAUACGGAUUUUCUUUUUAAUUUUAUAAUUUUCGGUGAAAUGAAACAAACAUUACACACACAAGGCUGUCUUUGAACUUGCCCCCCACAAAGAAAAGGGAAGGAAAUCCCCAAAAUUUCCGUAGUAUUCAUUUUCUCUCUCUUUGGGAAAAGUCAUCUUUGAUCUCCUCAAGACUUUCUCAAAGAGAGGGCAAUGUCAACUGGAAGAAAUACCCAUUGGUGUUAUAGAUGCAGGCGACCAGUUCUCCUUCAAGGGCGUGAUGCAGUUUGCUGCUAUUGUCAUGGGGGAUUUGUCCAAGAACUAGACGAUAUGGUGCAUAUCAGUCCUCUGGAUUUUUUUGGACUAGAUGGUGAUGAAGAUCGCAUCCAAAGGUUUGGUCUCAUGGAUGCUUUUUCUGCCUUAAUGAGGCAGCGACUAGCUGACAGAAAUUUUAACCAUAAUAUCAGGGGAAGAACAGAUUCAAUUCCUGAGAACACUUCACCAUUUGGUCCCUUAUUGAUUUUUGGUGGUCAAAUUCCCUUUAGGUUGUCUGGGAAUGGUGGGUUUGAAGCUCUUUUUAAUGGGGCACCUGGAAUUGGUUUUACACGAGGUAAUGCUGGAGAUUAUUUUAUAGGUCCUGGGUUAGAAGAAUUGUUUGAACAGCUCUCGGCUAAUGAUCGUAGGGGCCCUCCCCCGGCAUCCCGAUCUUCAAUUGAUGCAAUGCCUACCAUUAAGAUUUCACGAAGGCAUCUUCAUUCUGAUUCACACUGUCCUGUUUGCAAAGAUAAAUUUGAACUGGGAUCUGAAGCAAGACAAAUGCCAUGCAACCAUAUAUAUCAUUCAGAUUGUAUCAUCCCAUGGCUGGAGCAGCACAACUCGUGUCCUGUUUGUCGACAAGAAUUGCCACCACAAGGACCAGGUAGCAGCCGCAAUUAUCACUCAAGUGGUCAAAGCAGUAGCAGCAGUUUGGGAACUAAUUCCAGUGGAAGGGAGAGUAGGGAGAAUCACAGUAGACGGAAUCCGUUCUCAUAUUUCUGGCCAUUCCGUUCGUCUAAUUCUAGCUCUAGCCAUAAUGGAGCUGCUGGAAGCAGUUCCCCGAGUGUACAUGAGAACAACCACUCGAUGGGAUAUAGUGGAUGGCCUUUUGACUGAGGUCUGUAUUUUAGGGACAUGAUUUCUUUCUGUUCUGUUGUGAUCAUAAGUCCUCAAUUAUGCUUUACAAAUUACUUGGAUUGGAAGUGGUUUGCGAUCCUAGAGUCUUCUGAGAGUCAGUGUAAAAGUAAUUGAGGUCAACUUCGUCCAGCAACUUGUGUAAAUGACUCUUUCCCUUGGUGGCGAGUAUUUGUGUUUUAAAUGUUAAAUGGAUGUUGCGAAUGAGUA